GUUUAGUUAGAUAUUGGCAACUGGCUGGCAACACUGCUUCUGUUCUUUCUUUCGCUUGUCAUAUCCGUGGCUAGUGUGCAUUACAUACAACAUGCAGAACGACGCUGGAGAAUUCGUUGACUUGUACUGCCCGAGGAAAUGCUCGGCCAGCAACCGUCUGAUCCACGCCAAGGACCACGCGUCCGUGCAGCUGGUGAUCGCGGACGUUGACCCCGCCACCGGCCGCGCCGCCGACACUUCCAAGAUGUACGUCGUGUGCGGAGCCAUCCGCCGCAUGGGCGAGUCCGACGACUGCAUCGUCCGGCUCACCAAGAAGGACGGCAUACUGGCUAAGAACUACUGAAGUAAUAUCUUAGUCAGUAAGGAUCUAAUUUUAAGGGCAAUAAAAAUACUUUAAAAAUU